GAGGGGGCGCCCGCCUGCUCUGCAGCUCGCGCGGCUGGUCGUUGCGGGCCGGUUAGGUGCCUGUGAGUCGCGGAGGCUGCGGCCCCCAGUUUCCAGAGUGCUUCCUGUAAAUUUAUUUUCCAUUUGGUUCUUACAAUAAACUUGUCUGGUGUUCUAUGGAUUAACUCUUCGUUGAUUACAUACAACAGCAGUAUAGUUAUGGCGACUUUCCAGGCUUUCAGAAACAGUCACAUGAAGACUAGAGCAUCUGUCAGAAAAAGCUUCAGUGAAGAUGUGUUCCAGUCUGUGAAGUCUUUAUUACAGAGUGAGAAGGAACUGUGCAGUGUGUCAGCAGAGGACUGUGUGAAGCAGGAUGAACAUGCCGGUUUGACUGAGGUCACAUUUCUAGGUUUUAAUGAAGAAACAGAUGCUGCUCGUAUACAGGAUUUAGCUGCAGUUUCUUUGGAACUUCCAGAUCUUCUAAAUUCCCUGCACUUCUGCAGUCUAAAUGAAAAUGAAAUUAUUUGUAUGAAGGAUAUAAAUAAAUCAACAGAUACAAACAAUGGUCCUCUAAAUCAGAGUCAUCAUUCUGGAAUGCUUUGUGUCAUGAGAGUGUCACCUACAUUACCAAGACUCAGAAUUGAUUUUAUCUUUAGUCUCCUAAGUAAAUAUGCCACUGGAAUAAGAUAUACCCUGGACACAUACUUGCAUCAGAAGCGUCAACUUGAGACCGCUGAUGAAGAUGAUGACGAUACUGACCAGUCUGUGUCCUCCAUUGAGGAUGACUUUGUCACUGCUUUUGAGCACUUAGAGGAAGAAGAGACGUCAAAGCCGUAUAAUGAUGGAAUAAACAUUACUGCACUAAGGAGCCAGUGUGAUGCUGCUUCACAGACUAUUUCUGGUCACCAUUUAGAAACUCAUGAUUCAAGGAUUCUGGUUUGCUCUGGGCGGCAGAAGUCAUUGGCCAAACCAUCACCUUCCGUAAUGAAUAUUCUGGGACAGAAAGACCUAACUUCUGCGAAAACAUCAGUUACGACGUCAAUUUCUGAGCCUUGGAUCCAAAGGAGUUUUUAUAGGUCAUCUAAUGCUUCAGACAAGGGUAGUGAUACACAGAAGAUGUUGCUUUCAUCUUCUCCUGCUUACUCAUCUGAAUCAGAAUGCUCUAGUCCGAGUCCUGUUAUUUUCUUGGAUGAAGAGGGAUAUCAAAAAAGUUUAAAAGCAAAACUUGAGUUACCUAAAAUUCCUGUGAUGAAAGAUGAUAUAGAGGAUUCAGACUCAGAAGUAAGUGAAUUUUUUGAUAGUUUUGAUCAGUUUGAUGAACUAGAACAAACUUCAGACACUUCUUGUCCAUUUCUGAAAGAUCCUGUUGUAGGGAAGCCAUCGCAAAAGAAAGGGCAAAAACAUGAAAAACCUUGUUCUGUAACCACAACCAUGAAUCCUCAAAAAUUCAAGUUUGACCGUCCAGCUCUCCCAGCUAAUGUUAGAAAGCCAACCCCUCGUAAGCCGGAAUCCCCUUACAGUAACCUGUGCGAUGCUCCAGAUUCUCCUCGCCCAGUCAAGGCAUCUGGGGAAGACAGUGGCUUGUUUAGCCCUAUUCGAUCCUCUGCUUUUAGUCCUCUUGGCGGCUGUACUCCUGCUGAAUGUUUUUGCCAAACAGAUGCUGGUGGAUAUAGGAUUCAUGAAAAUCAUGAUUCUGUCUAUUACACCUAUGAAGAUUAUGCGAAUAGCGUUUCCUGUGAAGUGCUGGACUCGGUUCUUCAUACCCAAGAUACUAAUGCUACAUCAAACAUUAAUAGUAUUAAAAAGGGAGAGAAUAAAACCGUAGCUCUUAAGCGUGGAAGCCUUGAUCAAAAAACUAAAUCUAAAAAUAAAUCAUUAAUGAUUAAAAAUAGCAUUCAGAAAUUUGCAGCAGAUCUUGUGGAAAAAAGUUUUGGCAGCGCGUUUAAAGAUUUACAGAAAGGAGUCUCUUCGUGUACCAAUGCAUUGUGCCACUUUGCCAUCAAAUUGACAUCAUCCGUUUUUCAGAUGGCAUUCAAUGAACUGAGAAAGCAGCGUGCAUUUUCACUGAAAGAACGUGCCAUUAGUGGUCUGGCUAAUUUUUUGGUGAGUGAAGCUUUAUCAAAUGCUUUAAGAGAUUUACAGUAUGUAAAGAAGCAGAUAUUUACAAACACCGUUGCUAGGUUUGCUGCAGAUCUUGCUGAAGAGCUUGUUUUUGAAGGCAUCAUGGAAGUGUGUCAGUUUUCAUAUCCUCCAACACCUGCAUCUCCACAGCGUCGGUCAUUUGACUAUGAAGACAAAGUAGUGAAGUCGUAUGCAAAAGAUUUGUCUGAAUCUGUACUACAGGAAGCGUUCAUUGAGCUGUCACAAGUUGAUGUGACCUUCACAACAAGGGCAGCAGUUAGUGUUUCCACAGAUAACGUAAGGAAUGUGAGUGCAGAAAAUAUUGUGCCAUCGACACAGACCUCCACGUUUUCCCCUGCUUUUAACAAUCAAACAAUUAUGGUGACAAAACCAAUACAGGAAUACAAAAAGGAAUACACGGUACAGCAGGCCUUGUUUUGUACUUCUGGCAUUAUUACUUCUAUACCCGUGCCCUUGGCAGGAAGUGCCCUUCUCCCAUAUGGUACUUCAUCUAAUAUCCAUCAGGCAAAGUCUCAUCUGUCGUCUGAUGAUAAUAAUUCAAAUGGUGAUUCUACUCAAGCACGUGUUACCACAAAAAACAAAGAAGAGAAAGUAGCUUGUCUCAGAAAUAUUUGUUUACCUUCAGAACACAGUCCAAGUAACCAGAAUGAUUUUAAAUCAGUGAAUAAUGAUAUCGAAAUGCAGAGCUCUUCAAAAUUAACGGGUGAUCCUGUGACUAUUAACAACUUUUCUGCAGCAAUGGUGCAUACAAUAGUAAAUGAAACUUUAGAGUCAAUGACGUCAUUCAAAGUUACGAAAACAGCUGAACACACAGAUUGUUUAACUAAAGCAGUAAAGGGAAACACGCCUCCUUUUCUCUGUGAUCAAGCAGCACUGCCACUGAGUGAAGCUAGCAAUAAGGACAUGUUUGCUGAUCAGUUGUCUAAGUCUGUUAUUAAACAAUCAAUAGAUAAAAGCAAAUCAGUGAUCCCGAAUGUAGAUAAAAAUGUGGUACACAAGGAAGGUGUACCUGUUCCUGGGGAAGAGUCACAGUUGACCCUGGAAAAGUUCCCCAAAUUUCUUGACACUCGAGAUCACUUAACUCACAGUUCACUUUUGGUCGGAAAGGAUUGUGUUUCAGAAUAUGGAGGUUCUGUGGCUCAUGGAUUUUAUUUAGAGACACUGUCACCUUGUCUAACUAUGGCAGGCCAAAAACCAGAUUUGAAGGAAGCUGCUAAGGACAAAUCAGUGAAAAAGUGUCAUUUGAAUAAUACAGCACUUGAGCCCUUGUCUUUUGGGCAGGAAAACCCUUUUUCCCAUUCACAUACUUUCUCAUCCACAGCGCUUACAUGUGUAGAUGGUUUUCCUGUGGAAGAUAAACAGAAAAUCCGAGACGGAAAUGUAAUCCCUGGUACUCCUCCGUCAACUCCUUUACUACCAUCGCAGGCUGGUUCCGAGUGGGAUAUCAAGAAGUUAACCAAAAAGCUCAAGGGGGAAUUAGCAAAAGAAUUUGCACCUGCCACACCGCCUUCUACACCUCACAACUCAUCCAUUGGUAGUUUGUCUGAAAAUGAACAAAAUACCAUAGAAAAAGAAGAGUUCAUGUUGAAACUCAUGCGAUCUCUUUCAGAAGAAGUUGAAAGCAGUGAAGGUGAAGAGCAUCCAGAAGUGGAUAUGAAGUCAGAGCACUCAGGGAAGAAAGUUCAGUUUGCAGAAGCGUUGGCUACGCACAUCAUUUCUCUUGCAACUGAAAUGGCAGCAUCCCAUUUAGAUAAUAAAAUAAUUCAAGAACCCAAGGUUAAAAGCCCUUGCUUAAGUGUGCAAAGCCAAAGAAGUGUAUCACCUACUGUUUUAAAUUGCUCAGAUGAAAAUUUACAAACAUUAUGCAAUUUUGCAGGUGAUAUGGCAGCAGAAGUCAUUACGGAAGCUGAGAAGAUAGCAAAAGUUAGGAGUUGUUUGUUUUUCAGGCAAAAGAAGAACAGUUGUCAUGUUGAUGGUGACCGAGAUUAUAGAUUAGAAGAGAAGUUGGAUAUAGAGGCGGUGGCACACCCAAGAGAAGUAGAGCCGUGUAUUCUUUCAUUACCACCAAGUUCUUGUAUGUCAGGUCUGACAUACAGGUAUCCCAGCUGUGAGAGUGUGACAGACGAAUAUGCGGGUCACAUUAUCCAAAUCCUAAAACAGGAAGGUGGUAAUAGUGAGUUAAUAAUGGACCAGUAUGCCAAUAGACUUGCUUAUCGAUCUGUUAAGUCAGGGUUACAAGAAGCAGCUAAGACAGCCGGAAUGAAGUGCAACUCAAAGAUGUUCCCCGUGCAGAGCUCACAGGUGAAAACCAACAACGAACUGUUGAUGUUCUUAAAUAAAGAGCACCACCAAGAAGAUAAAAAAAGACAAAGUAAAAGAAAUGGAGGGUACCUUUGUAAAAAUCAAACUUGCGAAUGGACACGGGAUACAUAUAGAAAUGAGUGCUCCGAACUGUAUAGUUUUUCAGCCUCUCUUGCUCACAGCAUAACAAGAGAUGUUAAAAAAGAGCUGACAGCAUCCGCGGUUGGCUUGCCAAAAUCCUUAACAGAUUCUUGCCUUUAUGAAAAAUCUGAAUGUGAUGAAGAUACCGAGGCUUACGCUGAGCCAGAAUUUCCUAAGUCUUUUCAGCCUUCCUCCCCAAAUCACAGGUUUUACCACAGUACAGGCAGCUUAAAUGGGUGUGGUUAUGGAGAGACUGUUGUUCAAGCUAUAGAAGAGUAUGCUAAAAAAGUAGCGGAUGACACUUUAGAGCUAAGUUUAGGAUCUGCAGUUUUCCACCUGUCUGAGACCACAAAAGCAGCGGAUAGGAUCACUUAUGCGGAAAAGUUGUCACCUCUUAUAAGUCAAGCUUGCAGAUACUGUGACCGUAAUGAAUUCCACGAUUGCACUGGAAAUGCACCUCAACCCUUUCUCAGACAGGAUUCACACGCUAGUAGUAAGCCAGUUUCUAAUUCAAAAUAUAGUAACAUUUAUCAGAAAUCUAGAGUUUUUCACCUCGAUGUCCCCCAAAUUCAUGUUGAUCUUGAUAAGAAGACAGUGCUUGCUGAGAAGGUAGUUGCUGAAGCUAUUGAAAAAGCAGAGAGAGAACUGAGCAAUGCCAGUUUGGCAGCCGAUAGUGGAAUUGGACAAGAUGGCAUUAGCUUUGCGGAAAGCCUUACCACAGAAAUAAUGACAUCAGUGAUGACGAAUGUUGCACCUAUUGUUAGCAGUCCAAAAGAAAUAGAAGACUUUCAGGCAGCUGAGUCUUUUGUUAGCCAGCAGAUGAAUCUCAGUAUUGGUGAUGACAGCACUGGUAGCUGGACCAAUUUAAGUUUUGAAGAUGAACACCAGGAUGAAAGCAGCAGUUUUCAUCAUCUAAGUGAGAGUAAUGGUAACAGCAGUAGCUGGAGCAGUCUUGGUUUAGAAGGAGAUUUGUAUGAGGACAAUUUAUCCUUUCCAACAUCAGACAGUGAUGGACCAGAUGAUGAAGAUGAAGAGCAUGAGAAUGAUGUAGAAGGUUUUGAGCAAGAUGGAAAGACUCUGCUAAUUACAAAUAUUGACAUGGAGCCGUGCACAGUAGACCCCCAGCUAAGGAUUAUUCUUCAGUGGCUCAUUGCCUCUGAGGCUGAAGUUGCAGAACUUUAUUUUCAUGACUCUGCAAAGAGGGAGUUUAUACAACUUUCAAAACGGUUACAAGAAAAAGGGUGGAAGGUGGGGGACCUCCUGCAGGCUGUGCUUAAAUACUAUGAAGCGAUGGAGAAGAGUUCCAGUGAGGAGGGGUGCGAACCGCUGUUUGACUGGCUCUUGGAAAACGCAUAGAACAAACUCCAAACCAGUAUAUUUUAUUAUUUGUUUUGGGAGAGGAAGAAACAGAUAAAGAUGCGUAGGGUAAAAUUUGAAUAGGGAAUAUUAACAUUUUAGGUGAAUUGGGAGGAAAGUAAAUUACAGCUUUUUAAGCGCAUUGUGUCAUCACACAGUGUAUAUAGUUCAUACUUUUGUAUUCUCUGUUGAAUAUUAUCUUCACUUAUUCUUCUAUACACGUGUGUAGUAUGUUAAGACCCUAAGAACACGUACGUGAAGGAAGGUCUAAACAUAAGAUUUUCAGGGACGUUGACUGAUGACAUUCUUUUUGCAUCCAAAUUGUGCUGCUAGAAACUGCACUGAGGUGGCUGAGGAUAGGUUCCAGGGAUGGAGAGUUAGAAUUUUUCUCCUUUGAAAACAAAUAUUAUCCUAUUAAUAACUAAUGUGACAUCAAAAAAUAACAUUGAGGCUAAUUUUUUUUUCUGAUAAAGUUUUUGUCCUAUUUUUAAAAGUCAAUUUUAUUUGCAUAGCUCAGCUAUUGGUAGCUUUUUGAACCCCCCAAGCUAUUUAAUUUCUUAGAAAUAUUAGUAUUUUAGGUUUCUGUAAAUACCAAAAUGAUAGUUACCCCAGCCUUUUGUCAAAAGACAUUAUUUGCUAAUGUUGCCAAUCGUUCUGACAUGAAAGUGAAUAUGUGUGCGUGUAAAGGAGUGCUUUAGCCUUGCUAGUGGUUUGUGCCCUCUUUUAUUUUACUGUUUUCUUGGUUAGAAACCCACUGUUAACACCAAAAAGGUGCUUUAAAAUAAAAUGUCUGUAAAGAUUGUGCAGUAAGAAUUUUUAUUUCUUUUUGACUAUUUUGGGUCCCUGACUUAUCCUAUAAAUGAAAAUAAAGGUGCAAAAUAUGCUGAAAUUUUCAAAACUAUUGUUAAUAUGGCAAUGCAUUUAGAGAAGCCCAAUAAUGAUUUUCAUAGUUGUAUUUUUGGAAAACCUCUCCUCUUUAGCAAGGAUAAGCUUUUUCUAGAAAAAAAUGGGAUCCCUCCCCCACCCCUGAUAAAGUGCAUCUGCACUAUUUUGUAAAGUCCUCUGACAUGAUUUUUCUGGGCUCUACAUUUCCUACAACUCUGUCUUUAGAAACCACAAGUUGACUUGACUGGUGGACCAGGCUUGUGUCUUGGUUUCAUACGUGAGGGUGUGUGUGUGCAUUUUUGGUUCUUCAUUAGCAGAUUUUGUGAUCUAGAGUAAAUCUUUGGGGGCUUUGGUUUUCCUCCAUUACAUUUUCUUUUUUCCUGAGGACUGACUGACUGUUCUGGAAGCUGCACAAAGUAUAGAAGACAUAGUACCUGCCAGGGGGCAAGGAAUAAGAGCACUUACAUUAAUUUGAAUUAAUAAUUAUGGUAGAGAAAAGUAUUUUUUAACGGAAGAGUCAAAUUUUCCUUUUAAGAAAAAUGCCAAAAGCUAUUUAAAUAUUUUGAGGCUACAUUAUAAGUUUUGGUUUUUCUCAAUUUAAGAUAAAGAAAUAGAGCAAGCCUUAAAAAUAAGUUUUCCUAAAGUUUCUUCAAAUAUUGUUUAAGGUAGAGAAAUGCAGGAAAUGUGUAUAACCAGCAUUGCUUCUGUCUUUAGCUUCUCGGAACUUGAGAUGCAGCAGCACUGGACUGAGCUUUUACAUGUUGGGAACCAGGUUGUUGAUUGUAAUGUGGAUUGAUUGAUUAUUAAGUUUAGUUUGAAUUUUUACAAGUAUAUAACUCUUAAGUUGUGUUUAGUAACUCUGCUGUAUGUACGGGUUUGAUUAACAGCAAAACUGACUUCUGAAUUUCUUUUAAAUUAAAGUGACAAUAUAUUAGUUUUGUAAAAUUUUCUGUGCUUGAAAAUAUUUAUGUUUCUUUCUUUUAUGGUAAUAAUCAUUUUGAGGUAAGAUUUUCCUCAUAUCCUUGUUUCUCUUGCGUUUUUCUGGAGCUGUGCUGGAUUCAGAGUUCCCUUAUUUAGCCCACUACCUAAUGACAGACCAGCCAUUAAGUAUUAGCACGCAUAGUCAUAAUCAUAAUGGAACUCCACGCUUGUAUCAGUUCAGUGCAGGGGCGUAGAGAAAAAUAUUAAGUAUUGGCAGAUGUGAAAAGAAGCGUGAGUUAAGCUUCCUUAUGUAGAAAGAAAACAUUUGAUUGUAGAGCAGCAUCUUUUAAUCAAGUACGGUCUAAACUUAUGUUCUUUAAAGGCACUUUGUGAUUUUUCCAAAGACAUUCUUUAUAUGUUUGGUUGCUCAAUCUUCAGAACAACUCUGUGUGUUGAGGACAACUCUGUCUUAUUUUAUUACAAAUCUACUUGACAUAUUUAUAUUAUAACAUUGUAAUAUUACCAUUCUGUACAUUUUGUCCCUUAUAAAAUCUCAUGUCUUAUUCGGAACUGUUAAAGUUGUGAUGUGCAUUGAGUUGAAUUCUCUGUUUACCAAUUUCAGAACCAUCAAAGGAUCUGUGGAAAGAAAGUGAAUGAGGCCUCUGAUAGGGAGUUUUUAGAACAUUAUUUCAGACUGAAAUAUGGCAGUUCUUUCAUAUUCUUCUCUCAAGCCAAGUUUAAAUUACAUUUAUAUUUUGAGUAGUAUUAAUGUUGAUUUUGAAAAUAUUUCCUGAUUUAUACAAAAGGAGUGAUUCAUUUAUAAAUCAUGGAAGAAAAUUACAAUAUCUAUUGGAUGGUUUGAUACAAUUUAUGGAAUAAUAAAACUUUUGAGAGUAUACAGUCAGUGAAUAUAUGUGAUAACAUCUUUAUACUUUGGAAAAUGUUCCACUUACCCUUUCACGUAUUUGAUGUGAAUUAAUUCAAUUCAUAAUACUUUCAUUUUGCUUAAGUAAAGGUUUUAUGUUGCCAGUAGGAGAAUUUAAUUACUUUUAAAUGCACCAUGUGUAAAAUGAGCGAUAGGUUACCCACGUGACUUUAUCAGUGCAUGUUCCCCAAAUGCAGAGUUUAACCUUGACUCAUCAUCAGAGUCCAAACUCAGAUGUCUUCUUACUUAAUUAUUUAUCUAAUAUUAUUCUUCCACAAUUAAUAUUAUCAGUUUCCCAUCAAUAUAUUGCUUUAAAUUUUACAUUUUUUAAGGGAGACUUUCCACAGUUGUUUUAAAAAAUAGUGCAUCCAUACUCAAGGUGUAGGGAAAAUACUUGGCAUUUAAAACCCUGUCCAUGGGUCACUAGCACAAGAGAAUUUGAGCUUCAGUGGGAAUUAUAAAAUUGUAAAGUGAAAUGCAUUUUUUCCUCAUUUUUAGCAAAAGACCCUGCACACAUUUACUCACUGUGUUCCUGCUCUAAAAAUGCAGAGGCAGUGUUAGUCACUCUUGUCACUUUAUUUAUUUAUUUUUUUUUUACCACCGUGUACAUUCCUUUCACAUAGGUAGAAUUGUAGUUCUGUAAGUUCAUUGUUUUGUUUUUGUUGUAAUGUUCGAAUACUAUUUAAUAUCAGGUUUUAAUAUUGCUGGAUUUGCUACCUUUGGUUACUUGUGCAGUGUUAAAAGUAAUUCACAUUUUUGUUUAAUGUUCCAGAUAUACAGCAGAAGCAGCUUUGCAUAAUUGUAGCUGUUUAUUUGACUGUGCUGAAUCACUACAUUAAGAUCUUGUGUAACAGUAAUUUUUUUUGCUUUUCAGUAAUUUAAUAUGUUCAUUUACCAAAAUAUGAGCUUCAUGAUGCACUAAAAUUUUGUUUUAGCAGUGACUCCAAAUAAACAUUUCAGAAAUUACUUUUGUAAUAAUUUGCAAUUAAUUGUUCUUUUAUCUUUUAUCCAUUGUUGACGUCUGUGAUCUUUCCUCUCCAACUAAGAAUUCUCCAAUAAACUUAUGAGAUGCCCGGC